AGAGUGUGAGGAGCAUCGGUCGACAUUUUUUUGGAUGAGCAGAGAGCGGCUAAAGAUCAAGCAGCCUAAAGAUGACAGUUUGGAAGUGUUUUUUCUUCUUCUCCCUUCUUCAUCCGUUUCAGCAGAAACAAGGAUUGAUGGAGAAACGGAUGGAGAAAUGCUUUCCAUGACAUUUGUCCACAUCUGAUAUUCAGCAGUUUCACUAACAGAAGGAUCAGUCACGACCUUCAUUUAUAUGCAUCAACCAAAUGACAUAAAAUCCUGGCUGCCAAACUCUACUUUCCCACCUCCUCUGCAUUUGCAGACAUUCACAUGUUUGAUGGUUUGCAGCCUGUCGUGAUAGCUGUGGUCAGCGCAGGGUAGAUAACAGGUGUAUUCCUGACUAAUCCAAUUUCAGCCCUGCUUCCGGUCUCAUCUGCAGUGCUCAUGGUGUUGCCCAUGGAAGACGGAUCGUGCUGAACAUGAGACCACUAAUGUUCUGUGUUUUUGCAGUUAUGAUGCUCAAAGUGGCUCAAGGUGAGGAGAAAGAGCAACCAGAGCUGCUCAUGGACACAGAGGGAUCAAUGGAAGAGAAGGAGGUGCUCGAGUGUUUCCGCUGUGACCUGGGCUUCUGGGACGCCUGCUACACCACCCAAACCAACUGCAGCCUUGGCGAGCGGUGCUUCACAGGCCGAGGGAAAGCCGCUGAUGUUCUGGAUGUGAAGACGUUGGGUUGUGCAAAGGCAGAGGAGUGUGGUGUGGAGACAACGGUGGCGCUCUUCCCUAACAACACCAUCUUCGUCAUGACCAAACACUGCUGUGACACACCGUUCUGUAACUCGGCACACAAACUUCAAGUCUUUACUCCCCUGUGCCUCAGUGUAGCUUUCCUAACUACCUGGCAUGUCACUGAAGCCUUAGUAGGAUCAUAAUAAUAAUAAUAAUAGUAAUAUUAAUAAUAAUAAACUGUAAAAUGCAUCAGCAUUUACAGGGUU